CCUUUGUUCUCUUGCAGGGGCUUUGUCCGUUGUCAAGGAGGAUAUCAGGGGGGACCGUCUCAACCCACCUCCGCCCGGCCAAGCCAGAUGGCACUGAAGAACGUGGCCACUUCUGAAGCCAUUGAGAAACACAAGAAGUAUCUGGCCCAUUGGUUCCGCCAGCAGCCCAAUGAGGAGAGGCAGUUCGGGCCGUCCUUUUCGCUGGACACCACCCACGUGGACCCCGUCAUCCGAGAAAGCUCCCUGGAGGAAAUCCUGAAGCCCUCUCCUGAGAUGACCAUCCAGAACCAGCUCCAGGCCCCUUGCACCGACAUCAUCGGCCUCCAGAACCUCUUUGACGUGGACGCGUGUGGCCGCCAAGUCAAGAAUGUGGUCCUGUAUGGCACGGUGGGCACUGGAAAGAGCACUCUCAUCAAGAAGAUGGUGAUGGACUGGUGUCACGGGCGACUGCCCCGCUUCGAGCUGCUCAUCCCCUUCUCCUGCGAGGACCUGUCCCAGAACAAUGCCCCCAUCUCUUUACGCCGUUUGAUCACCAAGAAGUACCUGCACCUCCGGGAGGUGGUACCUGUGCUGGGCUCUGCCAACCUCCAGGUGCUUUUCAUCCUGAACGGCCUGGAACGUCUCAACUUGGACUUCCGCCUGGCCCACACGGAACUCUGCUGCGACCCUAAUGAGCCAGUGCUCCCUUCUGCCAUUGCGGUCAAUUUGCUGAGGAAGUACAUGAUGCCAGAGGCGAGCAUCAUCGUUACCACCCGCCCCUCCGCUGUGCGCCGGAUCCCCAGCAAGUUUGUGGGCCGCUACGUGGAGGUCUGCGGUUUCUCCAAUGUCAGCCUUCAGAAGCUAUACUUCCAGAUGCGGCUGAGCCAACCGGACUGUAGCGGAGCUUCGGGCCCCGCCACAGCAGAAGAGACGAGAGAGAGGGACAACCUGGUGGAGAUGCUUUCAAGGAACUUGGAGCGGCACAACCAGAUCGCGGUGGCGUGCUUCCUGCCUUCCUACUGCUGGCUGGUCUGCACCACCUUGCACUUCCUCUAUUUCACCCGGUCGGUGCCUCCUGCUCAGACUCUCACCGGCAUUUACACCAGCUUCUUGCGGCUCAACUUCAGCGGUGAGGUGCUGGACAGCACCGACCCCUCCAACAUCUCCAUGAUGAAGUACGUGGCCAAAACGGUGGGCAAGCUGGCCUACGAAGGGGUGAUGUCCCGGCAGACUUCCUUCUCGGAGGAAGACCUGCGCCGCUGCUUUGAGAUCGAGAUGAAGGUGGAGAGUGAACUCAACCUCCUGAAUGUCUUCCGCAGCGACGUCUUCCGCUUCUUCCUCACUCCCUGCGUGCAGCCGGGCAAGGAACACACCUUUGUCUUCACCAUCCCGGCCAUGCAGGAGUACCUGGCGGCCCUUUACGUCAUCCUGGGGGAGAAGAAGACCCUGACGCAACGGGUGGGCAAGGAGGUCUCCGAGGUCAUUGGCAAGGUGAGCGAAGACGUUGCAGUGGUCCUCAGCAUCGUCUCCAAGUUCCUGCCCUUGCGCAUCCUGCCGCUGCUCUUCAACCUCAUCAAGAUCUUCCCCCGCUACUUCACCCGCUUCAGCAGCAAGGACCGUGACACCAUCGCGCGCACCAUGGCGGUAGAGAUGUUCAAGGAGGAGGACUACUUCAACGAUGACGUGCUGGAUCAGAUCAACUCCAGCAUCCUUGGGGUAGAGGGCCCGAUGCGCCAUCCGGACGAAGCCUCCGACGACGAGGUCUUCGAGCUCUUCCCUGUCUUUAUGGGGGGGCUGCUGUCACGGCGGAACAGGGCCAUCUUGGACCAGCUGGGUUGCCCCAUCAAGAACCUGGCAGCCUUUGAGAUCGCCAAGGCCAUGAAGAAGACGGUCAUCCGCAACAGCCGUAAGGGCCUGCCCCCCUCGGAGCUCAUGGACUACCUCUUCUUCCUGCACGAGUUCCAGAACGAGCGCUUCACGGCUGAGGCCGUCCAGUCGUUGAGGACCAUCAACCUCUCCUCGGUCAAGAUGACCCCACUCAAAUGCUCCGUCCUGGCUUCUGUGGUGGGCACCACGAGCCACGAGGUGGAAGAACUGAACCUGACAUCUUGCCAUCUCGACGUCAGCAGUCUGAGGACUCUUUCCCCUGUCUUCCUACGAUGCAAAAAACUCCACUUGCAGCUCAAUAGUUUGGGGCCAGAUGCUUGCAAGGAGAUCCGAGACCUGCUCUUGCAUGAGAAAUGUAUGGUGAGCACAUUAAGGCUCGCUGACAACCCCGUGACUGAGCAGGGGGCCCGUUACCUUGCGGAAGCUGUCGCUGGCAACACGUCUCUUAGCCAGCUGUCGCUGCUGCACACCUCGCUGGGGAACCAGGGCGUGGAGGUGAUCACUCAGCACCUGGCCCAGAACAAGCACCUGCGGGAACUGGAUGUGGCCUACAACUCUGUGACUGACGACACCGCGCUGGCCCUGGUGGAGGAGGCCAAGAGGCACGCGACGCUGGAAAAAGUGCAUUUGUACUUCAACGAGAUCAGCGAAGAAGGCAAGCAGGCCCUGCACGGGUUGCGCAAAGACCGCGACGGCGUCAAGGUGCUCAUCUUCCUGACGAUGGGGGCCGACGUGUCCGACUACUGGGCCAUCAUCCUGAACGUGGUCCAGAAGAACUUGCCCAUCUGGGACCGCGAACGAGUGCAGCAGCAUCUGGGCCUGCUCCUGAAGGACCUGGAGAGCAGCCGCCGCCAAACCGCCAACCCUUGGAAGAAGGCCAAGUUCAUGCGGGUGGAGAACGAGGUCAAGAGGAUGCUAGGCGAAAUUCAGCAGGGGGUGCUGUAA